ACGAGGUCAUGUUCUAGUUGUGUUAGGUGCUUAUAUGAGACAUGGUCCUCGCGUCUUCAUUGGAACUAAUUCUCAAACCCACUGGUGGAUUGGACGAUUCACUGGCCAGAUUCCUGAUAGAUGUGGUUGAGAAUAUAUCUCAAAUGUCACUGUAUCGUCCAUGAUGCCUUCCGAGCACUCGUGCCCGAACCUCAUGAGCGUAUACCGAUUACUGGAAUUAAUACCCUAUACCUUCUAUUUCCCCUUCUCCCACUAAUUUACAUGGGAUACCUAGCGAGACGGCCAGACACGUUUACCUUACGUCUUCUAUUCCUCCCGUUGGUGGUCGUAGUUGCCGUCGGGACCUACUUUCGUUUUAUGUGGACAGAGCCACAUCACAACAUCUACAAUUGGGCCCAAGGUGUACUCGCAGAAGCCAUAAGUGCCAAGGCGAUAGAUUUUGCAUGGAGAAAAGAGGGUAUACUCAAGAUUGACGAAGUUCAGCCAGGUGUCGCAAGAAACCCCGAUGCUGUCAAAGCUAAUGGUGAUGCGCAUGCAAAACCAGUCACGUCAGAUCCAGCUACCCCAACAUUUGCUUGGCUAUAUGAUGCUUUGGAAGUAAUUCUAUCCAACCGGGGCCUAGGUUGGAAAUUUGGUAUCGGGAUUCAUGUUCCUCGUGAGGAGAGAUCUCUCGAACGGAAUUCAUUCCUGUUUGCGACGUUGAUAUCAUUCAUCGGAAACUACAUGAUCUUUGACCUCCUCGAGUCGUUGAUCAAGCUAGUACCUGACGUUGGCGCUCCUCAUGGCGGCACCAUAUUCAGGGCGGAACUACCCUUCUUCCAUAGAUAUGCGCUUUCUACAGCCAUCCACGUUGCAACUGGCUCUUGCAUUUUGGCUGCCUUCGAACUCUUUUAUGAUCUCAUCACGAUCUUUGCAGUUUUGCUUUUGGGGAAGCUCCCCGUCUGCAUGGCCUCCCAAAUUUUCUUCAUCUUUGGAGGAUUUUUUGGCAAGAUCAUCGCAGGAAAGUUUGGCAUGCUGUUUGGGACAUUCAUCGGGUCUGGAUUAUACCACGAAUUCGCUGCAUAUGCACUCGGGAGAGGUUUUGAUACCAUUGUUCCGCUCUUUUUUAUGCUGCAGGCUCCUCUACUGCUCUGUGAAAAGGCAUGGUACAAGUACACAGGACACCGUGUCGGUGGAUUGUAUGGGAGGUUGUGGGUCUAUUUUUGCGUCAUCAUACUUGGGCAACCCUUAUCGAACUCUUGGCAUAGGAGAGGUCUCGGAGGUGGGCUCAUGGUUCCGCCUUCAUUAAGUCCUGCUCGACAGUUCAUUAUACCAUCCAUUCGACAUUGCCUCAAUGGUAUAGGCACGGAUAUCCUAGAAUUCAUAGUUGGGUCCACAUAG